UGAUGUCACUGGUUCUGCUGGGCGGGUUUGUAAAUGUUCUGAAACAGAAGACGGAGCCUGCAGAGGCUUUUAAUGUUGCUGGAGACGGCGCUGAGGCUUCAUCCACCAGGUGUACUCUGCUGGGUACGCCUCGUUCACCUGCGUUCUCAGAGGAUGGGGACUUCAUCAUUGGAGGGGUUUCCUCCAUUCAUUACCAGCUUUACACAGUGAUUUAUAAUUACACCACCAAGCCUGAGCCUCCGAGAUGCACAGGGAGCUUCAACGCCCGGGGGCUGCGCUUCUUCCGCACAAUGAUCUUUGCUAUUGAGGAGAUAAACAACAGCACAGAGCUGCUGCCGGGCAUCAAACUCGGAUAUCGUCUCUAUGAUUCCUGCGUCUCUGUGCCUGUCUCAGUGCACGUUGCAUUUCAGCUGGCAAACGGCCCGGAUCCUGUGGUUUACAGAGGAGAAAACUGUUCUCAGUCUGGAGUGGUGAUGGCUGCUGUGGGAGACUCUGGAUCCACUCCAUCCAUCAGCAUGUCACGCAUCAUGGGGCCAUUCAACAUCUCUCUGGUGAGCCACUUUGCCACGUGUGCCUGCCUKUCAGACAAACAGCAGUUCCCKACWUUUUUCAGAACKAUUCCCAGUGACCAUURCCAAGCUGAUGCACUGGCCAAGCUGGUGAAACACUUUGGUUGGACUUGGAUAGGAGCCGUCCACUCAGACUCAGACUAUGGAAAUAAUGGCAUGGCCUCUUUUCUUGAAGCUGCACUGAGAGAGGGGAUCUGUGUGGAGUACAUUGAAUCAUUUUAUAGAAGCAACCCACAAAAUAAGAUCCAAAGAGUUGCAGAUGUUAUCCGUAGUUCAACAGCAGCGGUUGUUGUAGCAUUUACAGCUAUUGGAGAAAUGAAAGUGUUGCUGGAGGAACUGGCUCGGGAUCCUCCUCCACCUCGUCAGUGGAUCGCGAGCGAAGCCUGGAUAACCGACCCAAACCUGAUGAGCUUCAGUUUCUGUGCAGGAGCCAUCGGUGUAGCUAUUCAGCAAUCUGUCAUCCCAGGUCUGAGAGACUUCCUGCUGGAUCUCUCUCCUUCAGAAGUGGCUGCUUCUUCAAUGCUGACUGAGUUCUGGGAGGAUGCGUUCAGCUGCAGCCUGACAGAAAGUGCUGAUCCAAACAAGAGAGGAUGUGAUGGAACUGAAGAUCUUAAAACCCUUAAGAACCCGUACACUGAAACGUCUCAGUUAAGAAUCACUAACAUGAUGUACAAGGCUGUUUAUGCAAUAGCUCAUGCUAUUCACAAUGCUGUGUGUCAAGAAAAAAAUGCAACUGUUCAAUGUGACAAACACAUUGGACUGGAGCCAAAACAGAAACGUGAGAGUGGGAUUAUUGAACUGGUAACAGUGGGGUACUAUGAUGCUUCACUGCCAAGAGGCCAGGAGUUUCGUAUCAACAGAAACAUAACCUGGUUGGAAGGUGGGACACAAGUUCCAGUCUCAGUUUGCUCAGAGAGUUGUCCUCUAGGAACCCGUAAAGUGUUACUAAAAGGAAAACCAAUCUGCUGCUAUGACUGUAUACCAUGUCCUGAAGGAGAAAUCAGUAAUAUGACAGAUUCUCCUGAUUGCUUCCCAUGUCCCACAGAGUUCUGGCCAAAUUCAAACAGAGAUGCUUGUUUCCACAAACCCGUGGAGUUUCUUUCCUUUGAUGAAGUUCUGUCAAUCAUCCUGGCUACCCUCUCCAUCAGUGGAGCAUUUCUGACCAUCAUUACAGCAGUGAUUUUCUUUUACUACAGGGCCACGCCAAUUGUUAGAGCCAACAACUCAGAGCUGAGCUUCCUGCUGCUCUUCUCUCUGACUCUGUGUUUCUUAUGUUCACUAACUUUCAUUGGAGCCCCCUCUGAAUUCAUUCCCAUCAUCGACUCCGUUCUGGAGCAACACUAUAUAAUAUAA